AAUGCAUAAGUUGGCGCGUAAUUUUCUGAAUCCGAAUACGACAAUCAGAAAUUCAGAGAAAAAGAUAUCGAAAAAAUACCCAAAAUACAUCAAUUUCCUAAACUUUCACACUGUUAUUUCAUAUAUCCCAUCAUUUUCUCCCCCAUCUUCCUUUCUCCAUCGCGCCUCUUUCCUUUCCCUCAACUUUCAGUAUUGUUUAGCAACCAAAAUCAUCGAGUACCCAUCUUCCAGAUUUCCUCUACCGACCUCUCUUUAUGGGUUUCUCUCUUUUUUCACUAUAAUUUAUAAGCAAACUUUUUCAAUUACUGUUUGACUUGAAAUUCUUUCGAUUCAGUUGCGUUUUGCUUUGCCCACUUGGCUGGUUUGUUCGCUUUCUUGUUCAUACCAGCAAAUUUAGGAAAUGAUGGAAGUUUUGUGUGGUGGGUUAUCAGGAAAGCCUAAGAUCAGCUUUUUUAUGAGAAGGGUUUUGAAGGAAGGAAGCAGAGAGAUUGAGGAACCUAGAAAUCACGGGAAGACAAAACAAUAAUUUUAUUUUCAGUACUACUUGAGGUCGGUGGUUGUCGACCAUAAAGUUUUGUUGGUAGAGUUUCUCCGGAUGGAACCUAGACAGCAUACAGCUAGUGUUCUUGAAGCAUUGAUGGGGUUUGAUGAGAGUCAAUCUCAGCACCCUGCUUCAAGACAUUCUAAAGUUUUUUCAGAUGAUUAUUUACAAAGGGUUGCAUCCAUUGGAAUCUCGAAGAAGAAAUACCCCUCCAGAUGUCAUCCAUUUAGGAUGACAAUUGAAGAGCCAACAGAACUUUUCAAUUCUCUCAAAGUAGAAAAUAACUUUAGCCGCUGCACCAAGUUAUGGGAACGGGAGGAGGCAGAUUCUACUUUAUCAGCCGCAUAUACACCACUUACAAGACAUGAAAAGCACUUUUCAACCGGUAAGGUGAUACAAACUUCAAAGGGUUUUCAAGAUUUACCAGAGGUUCUAGAUUCUAUGGAUAUCUCACCAAGACCUACAAGAGGAAAAAAUUCUUUAUUCCACCAGGCCAAAAGUGGACUGAGUGUUUCAACAGCACAUUAUAAUUUGACAGAAGGAAAUAAUGAUGCAGGGACUAAAUUUAAGGACAGGAAACAAGGACAGGCACACUUGUCAGAGGAUCUAUGUCUUUUGAAGUCUUCAAGACCUUUUUUAGAGUGGAGCAAUAAGCUAGGUUUUUCUUCCUCUCCACCAAAUUCUUUGAAAGGCUCACAUUUAGUUACUGAUAAAUGCAAAGGUUGUCAUAAUUCUCAAAAUGGAAAGAAUAUUGCUAAAGAAAAAGAAAGGACUACGGUGUCACUGGAGCCCAUCAAGCAACUAUCUCAAGUUUCAAGUAUUUUGGAUGGAAGUAGGAGAACAAUGAGGCGUGAGUUCUUUAAUUUGCAUCUGAAGACCUCAAGAUCAGAAACCAUAUAUGACAAUGUGUGUAGAAACAAAGCCAGUUUAUCUAAUUGGACGGCAGAAUCCAAGCAUUCCUGCUGCUUUUCAGUUGAGUCAUACAAGGCCAGAGAAUCCGGGGAGAAAGUCAUAGAAGAACAAAGGAAGACAGCGAACUUGAUGCCAUCUACACAAGGUAGGAAAAUGAAUGAAAUGCCGACAGUGCCUCGUUAUGCAACUUUGCCCAGUGAUUUGAAUUGCAAACCUGUUGAGUAUGAUUUCCAGAAGCAUGUUUGUUCAGAUAAGGAACAUUUGCAUUCUGGCAGUCCUUUGUGCUUGAGCUGGAAGGUUAAGAGACUAGAUGAACUCGAUAAAAAAUUUCAUAGAUUGAGAUUUGAUUCUACGUCCACGGUGACCACUAGAUCUAGAACAAGGAGCAGAUACGAGGCCCUGAAUACAUGGUUCUUAAAGCAUGAAGGCCCUGGUACUUGGCUACAGUGCAAUCCAUUGAAUAGAAGUUCCAAUAAAAAGGAUGCUGCAAAACCUACCUUGAAAUUAAGCUCUAAGAAAUUGAAAAUUUUUCCUUGCCCUGAUUCAGCAAGCCAUCAUUUUGACAAUGAUGGCUGUAUGGUUGGUGGUGAUCCGAAGACCACAGUUAAGAAGAAAGACCCUUGUGAUCAACAUUCUUUAAACUGUCUACCACCAAGGAGCAAAGUUGUUUUCUGCACACAAAACAUUCCUGUCAAACAAGGAAAUCAAGCUACCUCUAUCCAACAGGAAGGUCUUGCCUUUGAUCACUACCCUAGCAAAGAGAGAGAUUCUAUUGUGAGUUUGGAGGAGGCUUUUCAACCUAGCCCAGUUUCAGUCCUUGAACCACUUUUUAAAGAAGAAACAUUAUUCAGUUCUGAAUCCCCGGGGAUUAAUAGUAGAGAUUUAGUGAUGCAACUUGAACUUCUGAUGUCGGAUUCCCCGGGAACUAACUCAGAAGGACAUGACUUGUUCGUAUCAAGUGACGAUGAUAGUGGAGAAGGAUCAAUAUGCAAUUCAGACAAAAUUGAUGACAUUAUGAGCACAUUCAAGUUCAAAGAUAGUAGAACUUUUUCUUACCUUGUUGAUGUAUUGAGUGAGGCAAGCUUACAUUGUAAAAACCUCGAGAUGGGUUCUGUUUCAUGGCACAAUCAAGAACAACACGUGAUCAGCCCUGCAGUCUUUGAGAUCUUAGAGAAGAAAUUUGGGGAACAAAUUUCUUGGAGGAGAUCAGAAAGAAAGCUUCUCUUUGACAGAAUAAAUUCUGGGUUAGCAGAACUCUUUCAGUCAUUUGUUGGUGUGCCCGAAUGGGCAAAGCCUGUAUCGAGAAGAUUUCGGCCAUUGCUUAAUCACGAAAUGAUCGAGGAAGAGCUAUGGAUCCUGCUGGAUAGCCAAGAAAGAGAAGUGAACAAGGAAUUAGUAGAUAAGCAGUUUGGAAAGGAGAUUGAAUGGAUAGACCUUGGAGAUGAGAUUAAUUCUAUCUGUAGAGAGCUAGAGAUAUUGUUGGUCAAUGAACUUGUUGCAGAGUUUGGUAGCAUUGAAUUAUGUUGAGUGGUAUGAUUUAUAGCAGUCAUGGAUAAAACAUUAGCAUAGAAAACAUAGAGAUUUGUUUCUUUCUUUUCUUUUCCUUUUUAAAAAAGAAAAAGAGAGUCAUAUAUUUGUGUAUAGGAAACAGUUUUGAUCCAGUUGAAGUGUCUGAAGAAUGUUUACUGUAUUCUUUUAUUCAUGAGGGGAACCAUAGGUUAUUGUUGUCAAGUGUGACAGAUUGAUAUUAUUUUGAUACAUCAAAGACCCGAAGUCUAUGAUGCCAACUGUGGCAGAUUGAGUUAUAUGUAUUUGUGUACAAACCUUUGUGUUUCUUUUUUUUUCUUCUUUUUUUUGUUAAGUAGAGAAUUUGCUGCAAUUCAUUGUUGACAUCAGUUUCUAAAA